AUGCCACCGUCUUCGCACCCAGACUCUGCCUAUGAGCAUAGCCGUCGGGGCCAGAUUCGCAAAUAUCUCCAGAAAUUUACUACCACAAUCCGGAGAGGAAGCAAGGAUUCUGAUGCGGAGAAUAACAUUCCUCGCCCGAGUGCCGGAACAAACGACAUCUUGGAACAUUCCCAUGAUGAUACAUUGUUCAUCAACACCAUCGACGCCGAUGGACCAUUGACGACGCAUGAUGCACCCGAGGAGCAAUCUCAACCCAUCCUACCGGUCACGACUGAAACAUUCCACAUUGACCGUGCUUCGGUAUAUCAGGAAAGGGCCCAGAAAUUGCGUGACCGGUAUGGGAUGAACAUCGCUGGCAGUGAUCGGUCUACUUUCCCUGCUACCGCUCGUCGUGUUCAAAAGUCUGCAAGGAUGCGCACCCACCGUAGCUGUCACGAGUGUGGUGUUGACUUUGGUCAUGGUAUUCACUGUCGAGCUUGUCAUCACAGACUAUGUGGAGAAUGUCCCCGCACCCCUGGAAGAGGGAUCAAGGAAGCCAUGGCUCAAGCGAGGGAGUAUCCCUUCCACGUUGUUUCUGAAGAGUCAUCGACGAGUCCAGACCUCCUCAUGGCAGAAGCACCUACCGCUGGCUCGGAUCAGCUUGACAUUUUCGACAACAACAUGGCAUCGAGUAGCAAACAGAUCUCGAAACCUUUGACAUCUUUGGAUCCUAUCGUCGCCGAAGACAGCUUCCUGCCGAUGUUGGAAGUUGACGACGAUAUCUCUGACUUCGUUCCUGUCCGUAUCGCACACAACUCUCGUCACGGCAAAGACAAACAAAUCAACAACACCUCACCUCGCUCGUCUCGUCAUGAACCCUACUCGAUCUCCACCAUCAGAGACCCCAUCUUGAGAGCUCCAGCAGGCGUUCAACGCAUAUAUCGCAAACCUCGCCAAAGAGUUCGCUAUACAUGCCACGAAUGUACCACACCUUUCCAAAGUCACAGCUGCACCUGCGACAAAUGUGCUCAUGAGCGCUGUCUCGAAUGCCGUGAUCGUCCAUCUCAUAAGCCGCAUAAAUCACGACCGGAUCCGAGACUUGUCGAAGCUGUUAAUCAGCGUCUUGCUCAAGUUGGGAAGUAA